AUGGUGACCGCAGUAUUGACAAGGGUGGAAAGUAUUGUGGUACAAGAGUCGAUUCCUAUGGAGGCUUUUUCAGCGCCAAUACAGCAGAAACCCGAGAAACAAGACAAAAACUCAACACCUCUGAACUCAGCACAAGAAACCCAACACGGCGAAGCACCAGUAGCACACACAGAGGGUCUUGUUACCCCUGCCAAAAAGCCAUGGCAGUUCUGGGCUGUGUUCCCAGCGCUGUGCAUGACCACGUUUCUCUCGGCUCUCGACACGUCCAUACUAUCGACUGCCCUUCCGACUAUCGCACUGGACAUCAACGCCGGUGAAUCGUAUAUGUGGAUCACAAACUCCUACAUUCUGUCGUCAACCGUAGUGCUCCCAUUAUUCGGCCAGACGGCCAAUAUAUUCGGCCGUCGAUGGCCCCUGAUCCUUUCGAUCAUUGCCGGACGAACCAUUCAGGGCAUCGGCGGGGGUGGUAUCAACACACUCGUUGAUACUGUCAUCUGUGAUCUCGUACCUCUUCGCCAGCGAGGGAAAUAUGUAGCUCUCAUGGCAGCCGUAUGGGCAGUAGGGACGGUAAUUGGUCCUGUAUUAGGCGGCGCCUUUGCUGAGUAUACGUCGUGGCGCUGGGUUUUCUACAUCAAUCUUCCUCUUUGUGCUGUGUCAUUGGUCUUAUUGGUGCUGUUCCUUCGAGUUUCACAUCCAAGUUCUGGUGGUACCUUAUGGCAACAGCUACGCCGUGUCGACUAUAUUGGCAACGCCAUUCUCACAGCCACGGUUGUCUCAGUCUUGCUGGCGCUCAGUUGGGCAGGGGUUGAUUAUCCGUGGUCUUCAUGGCGGAUCCUUGUGCCUCUGGUACUUGGGCUAGCGGGUUUGUUUCUCUUCUACGCUCAUCAACGAUCGCGGUUUUGCCAGGAGCCAUCUAUCCCAACUAAGCUAUUCUCGAGUGGAACAGCCAUCUGUGCGCUGUGGAUUGCAUUCAUCCAAUCAGUCUUGCUCUACUGGGUUGGUUAUUUCCUGCCCAUCUACUUCCAGGCGAUUCGCAGCUCGACUGCUACCGAGUCCGGGCUGUUUGUACUCCCCAUCACGGCGGCCAUUGCUCCCCUCGGCAUCAUAACUGGUGUCUUGAUUGCGUCCACCGGCAAGUAUCGCCCGUACCACUUCCUGGGAUACAUAUGCCUCACCACUGCCACCGGACUGUUUUCAUUACUGAACGAUCACUCGCCCGCUCGCGAUUGGGCCGGCUUCCAGAUUCUUUUCGGUGCGGGCUCGGGAAUGAUCUUUUCCAGUACCCUGCCUCCUAUUCAGGCCUCCCUCCCUGAAUCCGACAUAGCUACUGCUACCGCUACCUGGGCAUUUAUGCGCAGCUUUGGUUGUAUCUGGGGGAUCGCGAUUCCGACUACUGUCUUCAACGCGCGGGUUCAGGAAUUACUCUAUCGCAUUAGCGAUGUUUCUUUGCGUGAAAAACUUGCCAAUGGGGGCGCGUAUGCAAUGGCUAGUGAUGGGCUUGUGCGCACUUUAAAAGACACUCCACAGUUGAUGGCGGAAGUACUAAGUGUGUAUCAAGAUAGCUUGCAAUGGGUGUGGUGGAUCGCUAUUCCAUUCGGUGGUGUCGGACUUCUUCUUUGCAUACCUAUCAGGCAACUGGUGCUAAGUGAGGAGUUGAACACCGAGUUUGGAUUGCAGGCGGGAGAAAGAAGGGAAUAA